AUGCUCCAUUACCGCACACAAGGAUUUAACGGUUGCGCUGUCAAAUACUCUCCAUUCUUCGACAAUCGGCUAGCGGUUGCAAGUUCCUCAAAUUUUGGACUAGUUGGCAAUGGCCGUCUUCAUAUCCUGGAGUUGACAGCAAAUGGAAUCCAACCCUUAAAAUGGUUCACAACACAAGACUCAUUAUAUGAUCUCGCAUGGUCCGAACUCCACGAGAACCAAGUCCUCGCCGCUUCAGGCGACGGCAGCAUCAAGCUAUUCGACUGCACAGCGAACGACUUCCCAAUCUCAAACUGGAAAGAGCACGCACGGGAAGUCUUCAGCGUAAGCUGGAACCCAGUCGCAAAAGACCGCUUCUGCUCAAGUAGCUGGGACGGCACAGUCCGCAUCUGGUCGCCACAUCGCCCACAGUCCCUCCUCACCCUCCCAACACACAGCUGCACAUACUCCGCAUCAUUCUGUCCACACAGCCCAGAUAUCAUUUCUUGCGUGACAUCAGACUCAUAUCCUCCGCCUCCAACCACCUCGUCACUCAGAUCCCCAUCCACGCCGGUCCCCCCCGCGCCUGCGAUUCCCGGCCAGCCGGGCGGCCCUGCCCCGCCCGCGGAGGCCCUCACCCACGACUGGAACAAGUACCGUCCAACUGUUUUAGCCACGGCGGGUGUUGACCGUGCUAUUCGGACGUUUGACAUCAGAGCCCCGCAACAAGGGCCGCUGACCACUAUGCUCGGGCAUGAAUAUGCCGUGCGGAAAGUGGCCUGGUCGCCACAUCUCUCUAAUGUUCUUCUGAGUGCUAGCUACGAUAUGACUUGUCGAGUGUGGAGUGACCGGUCAGACGCAGGCCCCGGCGGGGAUAUGGAUAUGAUGCGCGCUGGUCCAGUGGUUGGCGCGGAAUUAGGGCGCAUGGGCAGGCAUACCGAGUUUGUAACAGGUGUAGAUUGGUGCCUGUUUGGUAGUGAGGGCUGGUGUGCUAGUGUUGGCUGGGAUGAGAGUCUAUAUGUGUGGGAUGUGCGAGCCACGAUGUCAUAG